GCUCGGCCUCGGAAUGUCCCCAAGCCAACAACUCUCUCCCAGAGCCUCUCCCGCCAGAGUGCGAAAGCUCCCCUUCGGUCGGUCCGCGAGCUCCCCAGGAUCGCACCCUGGCUGUCUUUCACCUUUUACCUCCCUCUCCCGAUCCGAGGACGGCAGGCAGUGCCUGAACUUGUUGGUCACCCCGAUUUCCUUACCCACCAACUCUGCCCAGGCUGUAGCUCUGAAAUCUUGCCGACCCCCUUUGGGUCACUGGGUCCCCCACCCUCACCCUCACACACCCGCGAAGGAGCCCUGGGUAGAUUCGGGAAACUUGUUGCUUAGAGCAGUCAGCCAUGAUGACCCGCAGCCCCUGAACUGGGCCUGCUUCGGUAGCAGCUACUGCUGUGUGUGACCUUGAAGGAGGCCCCCUGCAUUCAUUCCGGGUACAGCCUAAAGCUGGCCAGUUUCCUGUGCCAAAGCCUUCGACCUUGGAAAGAGCAGCGCAGUUCCAAACCAAAGUCUUGGAAGGAGGAGGGACCCAUGGUUCAAACCUGUAACAAAGAGGCCUGCUGUCCAGCUGCCGGGCUCCCUUUUGGCCAGCAAGCAAGUCACCCCUCCACCUGCAGUGGCACUCGGCUUCUAGGAGCUGCUGACUGGCCUGGCUGAGUUGCUUCUAAGCCUUCCAAGCCUGAGUACAGAGAGAAGCCUGGGGAGGAGACAGCUAUGAAAGAGAGCAAGGAUAGUCCACCUGCCCCCUACCCAAGUUUUGGACAGCCUCCAUGCAUUCUGCCAGAGAGAAGAGAGACUUCUAAGAGUCUCUGAGAAGGGGCCUGCCAACCUCAGCAUCCCUGGCUCCCUUGGGGUGCUUUCUGGAGAAAAUGUCAAAUCUUCUGGGACUGGAGUUACUGAUGGUUGAGAGCCACCCCGAGGAUGCUGGAAAUCAAACCUGGGACCUCCGAAAGAGCAACAAAUGCUCCUAACCACUGAGCCUCUUCCAAGAGUAUGAACUUUGAACCUUCCUGGGCUGAGCAGCAAGGGAAGUCCUGUGAGCAGCAGACCAAUGUGUCCUGCUAAGCCAGAACUCUCCGCGGCCGCUGCCACCACCACCGUCCCCGCCUGCUGGUGGCCAGAGACAGUCACCUGGUAGCUCUGUGCAUCAGCCCCCUGGACUCUCUGGACCUGCACCGGAGCGCGCGGCAAACGAGAGAACAUGGCCGGGAGGCAGCGUGGCUCCGGGAGGCUCUGGGCGCUGGGCGGCGCCGCGCUGGGGGCUUGCCUGGCGGGUGUCGCCACGCAGCUGGUAGAGCCCAGCACCGCACCGCCAAAGCCCAAGCCGCCCCCACUGACCAAGGAGACUGUGGUGUUCUGGGACAUGCGCCUGUGGCACGUGGUGGGCAUCUUUUCGCUCUUCGUGUUGUCCAUCAUCAUCACACUCUGCUGUGUCUUCAACUGCCGUGUGCCACGGACGCGGAAGGAGAUCGAGGCUCGGUAUCUACAGCGAAAGGCGGCCAAGAUGUACACAGACAAACUGGAGACUGUGCCUCCCCUUAAUGAACUCACAGAAAUCCCUGGAGAGGACAAGAAGAAAAAGAAGAAGGACAGUGUGGACACAGUGGCUAUCAAGGUAGAGGAGGACGAGAAGAAUGAGGCAAAGAAGAAAGGAGAGAAGUGAGGGCGGCUUCCUGAGGUGGCAGCUGGGGCUUGACAGGCCCUGAAGCACAAGUUCAGGCCGGGAUCCAGGCAUCAGGACUUCGUGUUAAUACAUGGACUGCAGAGGCGGUGGUCUAAGGGGAAGCCAAGGCCAUGGUCCGUUACCUCAUGGCCCCAAAGAUGUAGGGACAAGACUUCACUAGUGUCCAUGCUGGACUCUGUUCCUGUCACAUCAUCCAUCUGGCACUUCUCAUUGGCCACUGUCCUUCCAUAGUUAUAGAGUGGCCUCAAACUCCCCUCCCCGUCCAGACAAACUUCCAUCCCACCUUUCUUGCUAGGGGCAGAAGUGGCUAUGAAGGAGUCAGGGACUGGUCAUUUAGGAUGGCAAGACUGAACAGGUUGUUCAAAAACCCAGAGGGAGGGCUGGAGGGGAGCUUGUGACGUGAGAGAUUCUCUGACAUAGCUAGAUAGCCGCCCCAAAUAGCAAGGAGAUUGCCCCAAGUUGGCUGCUAGGGUGGCCCCAUUAGCAGGAGAGUCCCUGACCUGGCAGAUACAAAGCUUUGUAAACAAGGUAACAGUGUGACAGACCUGAGGCCACUGAGGGGCUGGCAGGAGGCCCAGGGCCCGGCUCAGGGGUGGGGUCUAAAACACAGAGGACUGAAGGGAGUGAGCAGUGCGAGGGAGCCUGGACCUCCUCAUGGGAAUCAAGAAAUACUUAAGACGCAGGGCACCAGCGCUGACUACUACAGUUGCCUUUUCUACGGCCAGGACUCUCUGAUGAUGGCAGCAGUCAGCCAUCUGCCUGCUGAACACAGUGGUGUGUGGGGUUCUCUUCUGCCAUGUCCCUUACUAAAAAAACCAAAACAAUAACAACAACAACAACAAAAAAUCUUUGCCAAGAAGAAAACUGAAAUGCCAUUGAGGGGCUGGCUCUAGAGAGGAGAGCUCUACAAGGCGCUUCCAGCAUCAAAAUGAGGAGCUCUGACCAGAGCUGGGGACUGAGACCCUGGGGAAGACUUUCCAAGUGGAAAGCCUGCUAAAAAGGUAUCCGGAGGAAAUUUGUAAAUAAAGCUGGGUGCCUUCUCAGGCCUAGACAUAGAAAACUUCAUCCUGAGGUGGAAUUCCACCCCGGCCCCAUGCUUUGUCAGGCCCUUGGGGACUCCUGUAGAAGUGACACAACAAUACAUAAUAAAAGGUGCCUCAGACAAG